CGGGGCUCUUCUGACGUGUUAGCUCGGCGGGCUAAUGUUUGUACGGCUACAAUGAAGAAGUUGUAGUUUUCGGAUCAAUGCUGCGUGUUAAGGCUCUUUGCGCGGACAGAAAACACAGUAGGAAAUGGAGACGUGGGCUGUGGCGUCCAUAUGUGUUUUAUUGGGUCUCACUGCGAGGUGGACCGUGUCUCUGAAUUCGUACUCAGGUGCGAGCAAAGCGCCGAUGUUUGGGGACUAUGAAGCUCAGAGACACUGGCAGGAAGUCACCUUCAACCUGCCCGUGCGCCAGUGGUACUUCAAUACAACAGACAAUGACCUGAAAUACUGGGGUUUGGAUUACCCCCCACUAACAGCCUUCCACAGCCUCCUCUGUGCACAUAUAGCUAAUCUGAUAAAUCCAGACUGGAUUGAACUUCACAAGUCUCGAGGGUAUGAGAGUCCCGCCCACAAGUUCUUCAUGAGAGCUACAGUGAUUUUUGCAGAUGUCUUAAUAUACAUUCCUGCAGUUGUUGUCUAUUGUUUAUACCUUGCUCAAGGAUCUUCAAAAACCAAGUCUUCAGCACUGCUCUGUAUCUUACUAUAUCCAGGUCUCAUUCUAAUUGACAAUGGACACUUUCAAUACAACAGUGUGAGUUUGGGCCUGGCACUCUGGGGGGUGCUUGGCCUGGGUUGUGGCCAUGACCUGCUGGGCUCUCUGGCCUUCACGCUGGCCCUCAGCUAUAAGCAGAUGGAGCUCUACCAUGCGCUUCCCUUCUUCUGGUACCUGCUGGGAAAGUGUGGCAAACUGGGCCUCACUGGAAAAGGGCUGAUCCUGCUGGUCAAGAUCUCGCUGACUGUACUGGUGUCCUUCGCACUCUGCUGGCUACCCUUCCUGUUCGACCCUCAGCAGACCCUGCAGGUCAUACACCGGCUGUUCCCUAUGGCCCGCGGGUUGUUUGAGGAUAAGGUAGCCAAUGUGUGGUGCAGCCUGAACAUCCUGGUAAAGAUAAAGACUCUGCUGUCAGUGGACACACAGAUUUAUCUCAGCUUUGGAACCACACUAUUGGCUGUUUUGCCCUCAUCUAUAAAGCUCUUAAUGAAACCCACAUUCUGGCAGUUCAGACUUGCCCUGAUGAACUCCUCUUUGGCCUUCUUCCUCUUCUCCUUCCAGGUUCAUGAAAAAUCCAUUCUCUUAGCAGCAUUGCCAGCUUGUUUGCUGCUGAAUGAACUUCCACUGAUGUCAGUCUGGUUUUUACACACCUCUACUUUCAGCAUGCUCCCCCUCCUCCUGAAGGACAACCUUUUCCAGCCGUACAUCAUCACUUCUCUUGGCUUCAUCGUCUUCAGCUUGUACCUAUUCUCUGCUGUGGACCGCAGCUCUGUGGAUGACCUGAGGCUGGGACCAUGCUGCAGACUCACUGGGACCAACUUCCUCUGGUUCAGUUUCUCCACAGUUGUCAAGCUGCAGUUUGCUCUCUCCGUUCUCACCAUGGCUGGCCUGAGUUUUAUGAGCGCUGCCCUGGAACCUCCGGCAAAGCUGCCUGAUUUGUUCCCUGUCCUGGUCUCUGCGUGCGCCUGCGUCCACUUCCUGGGCUUCCUGCUGUAUUUCAACCUUGUGCAACUGACUGAGUCGCCAAGAAGUGACAAAAAGAAAAUAAACUGAAAGACUUCGGUCACAAAAGAGCAAUUUGAUUUCUGGAAUGGAACAGCCACACUCAGCUACAAAUAUCAUUGAAAAAGGACCAUUCCUUAUUUCUCAUGUUUCAGGGGCUAUUUCAUGUCAGG